CGAAGCGUAGUCACCAAUACGGUUGUACGGCUGUCGUUGUACUUGAAGCGUUCUCAUUUGAUGUCAUAGCCGAAGCCAUCAGCAGAGGCCGUUGCUGCUCGCCUCCGCCGUCGUCGUCGCUCACUUGUUCUCGCCCGUCGUGCAGUGCCGUCGCGGACCGCGUUCUCUUUUUUUUUUUUCAUUAUUUUCCUUUCUUCAUUCGUUCUCCUGUCCGUGACAACUUCUAGUCGUGCGUCGUGUGUGUGCUCGUUUUUUUCGUUACCGAUGGCGCAUAUUAUCACGUUUGGCGGCGACGACGACGAUAAUUAACGUCCACUCGCGGUUCCGUUUAUUCCGUUUCGUUCGUGCUCUCGCAUUCGACACCACCAUCACCGCCAUCGCCGUUCUUUUCCACUGUGACACGGCAAGAAGACAAACAAAAUAAGCGCAAAAUCGCUCUGUACCACACGCGCACACACAAAAUAAUGUUCAGCCACAAAUACUCUUGAUUGUUUGGGCCCCCCCCCGGGUGCUUGGUUGCUACACGGACGGCCUCAAGUUGUUAUUACCAUAUCCUUUUCCUUUUCCCUCUUGAUUAAACAACAAUAGACAAUACCUUUUACGACACCUUCCUCUUCCUAUUAUUACUAUUAUUACUUCUACUACUACGUUUAUGUGGGUUCGCGUACAUCUACGUUAAUAAUAAACAAUAAUUUAAGAAUACCUAUAUACAUACGUGUUGUUUGUUCGUUUCAAAUCAAUCUCCGUAUAAUAAAAAAAAAAAAAAAAAAUAACAAAUAAAAAAGUUAAACAUGGGCAAUCAUAAUAGUUUCAAUCUUAAUCACAAAGAACAAUUGCAGUCGGCCAGGAUGAAUUCGUUCAACAAAGAUCCGACGCUUGGCAUGCUACCAAUGGAGAAACUUGGAAAGUUACUGGUUCAAAAAAGUUUAGAAGAAGAUUCAAUUAAUGGAAUUGGUUGUGGUGUGUUUAAGCGAUACUUAUUUCCACAAUAUCCUGAAAUGGCUCGAAAACUUUUUGCAUAUCUGGUAACUUCAUCUGGUGGUCCUGCUUCUUCCCAUGUUAUUAGUUAUUCAAAUUUUAAAACCCAAACAGAACGUUUGUUGAGUGUUUUGGCCGAUGACCGCCAAGUAUUGAUGUACGUAACGAUGUAUGCUGACGGAAAAGAAGAAAUUGAUCAAGAUCAAUUUCGAGAUCUUCUCUUAGCUGUCUAUAAACUUGCGAUGGAUCAUUAUCCUGAAAGUCCUCAGUCGUGUCGUUAUAUAUUUAAGACUAUUCAAGCUGUUGUUGACUCUGCAUUUCAUAAAAAAUUAACGUUAAAAGUGGGUUAUUUGACCAAUUGGAUACUACAACAUUGUCCUCGAUUAAUUGUCUUACUUCAUCGGUAUAUUGUUCACAUUUUAUCCACUGGUUACAGAUCUGUCAUUGAAAAGUGCCCAUAUUCCAAACCUAAUGAUCUCGAAUUGACAACACCAGUUCUGGAAAAAGAAAAUGAAUUCAAAACAGAAAAAAAUCCAUUAUUACCAUUGUCUCAAGUCUGGAUAUUAUCUACAACAUUACCAGCAUUAUAUACUCAACCAAUAUUGCAUUCCAAACCAACACCAAAUUGUUUUAACACCCAAAACUUCUUAUCAAAAUUUUUGGACUUUUCUUGUCCAUCACAUUGGACCCUAUUGUACAACAGCAAUCAACAUGGUAUCGGAAGUAAUAGAUUUUUACACCACGUUCUAAGUUAUCGGGGGCCUACAUUAACAUUCUUAAGAGGUGAUGAAGGUGUCUUAUUUUGUAUGGGUGCCACCACUGAAUGGCGUGAAUCGCACCAAUAUUGGGGUGGAGAUGAUACCAUUAUUUUGCAGUUAUUGCCCUAUUACAAAGUAAUUAACCGGGGUCCAAAAUCAAUGUACUUAAACACAUCAAUACGUGGAUAUGCAAAAGGCAUAAGAGCUGGUAGUGACCCCAGAAAUCCAUCUAUUCAAGUUGAUGACUCAUUUCAACAUGUAACGCACUGUGGUAUACCAUACAAGUUGGAAAGCAUAGAAGUAUGGGGUUGUGGUUCACCAAAAAAUAGAGAAAUACAGUUGGAUAUAAAAAAUUGGCAAAUCAAAGAGGCUGAGAAGAACCGUACAUUAAAAAUGACAUCUAAAGAAUGGUUAGAUCAUCCAGAUAGAUACUUAUUAGAGUUAGCUGGACGACAAACAUAUUCAACAUCAUAAACCAAUCAUAAUAAAAAAUAUUCAAUGUUCUUUCA